CGGCAGCGGCAGAGCGAAAGCGACUUCCAAUAGCCAAGGGUGCUCUGGCGGCCGAGGGCCUUCAGAGUUUCCCGGGCAGUGGUAGCACUUGCAGCAGGAGCAGGCGCUCGCGGGCUUUGGACAUUAGACGCCGGGGGAGCGGAGCGGAGCUGGCGGUGGCAGAGCCAGGUACAAGGAAGGAAAACAUGGCGGCGGCGGCGGCCUAAGGAGGCGGUGGAGGCGCGGGAAGCGGCUUCGCGGGGAUCAUGGCGGAGGCGGGAGCAGGGCAGUGACCGAAACCUCGAGUUCCUAGCGCGGCGAGCCAGGAGACUACGAGGCGCUGCGCGCCCCCCUCGGGGCUGCUGGGCUGCCGCGCUCGCUGGGCCUGGACAAUAGCGUCGAGGAGUCGGAGGCGAGGAAAGGCGGCGGCCCAGAGCUCCGGCCCGGUAGCGGGCCAUGCAGGCGGCCGCGCGGCCCCGCGGAAGCCAGCGGCGGCAGUGAGGCCGGGUAGUCCUCCGCUUACGGGCGCCCUCCCGCCUCGGCUCCCGCCUCUCCCGGACCCCCGUCUUGGGCGUCUCCGGCGGGGCCCCGGCCCCCGGGCGGCACGAUGACCGACACCCGGCGGCGGGUGAAGGUUUACACGCUCAACGAGGACCGCCAGUGGGACGAUCGGGGCACCGGGCAUGUGUCGUCCGGCUACGUGGAGCGGCUGAAGGGCAUGUCCCUGCUUGUCAGGGCCGAGAGCGAUGGUUCUCUACUUUUAGAGUCCAAAAUAAAUCCUAACACUGCAUACCAGAAACAACAGGAUACUCUGAUUGUGUGGUCUGAAGCAGAAAAUUAUGACUUGGCUCUUAGCUUUCAAGAAAAAGCUGGAUGUGAUGAAAUUUGGGAGAAAAUAUGUCAGGUUCAAGGGAAGGACCCUUCAGUGGACAUCACUCAGGACCUUGUGGAUGAAUCUGAAGAGGAACGCUUUGAUGAUAUGUCAUCUCCAGGUUUAGAAUUGCCAUCUUGUGAAUUAAGUCGCCUGGAGGAAAUUGCAGAACUUGUGGCAUCAUCUUUACCUUCCCCUCUUCGUCGUGAAAAACUUGCACUGGCACUGGAAAAUGAGGGUUAUAUUAAAAAACUCUUAGAGCUUUUUCAUGUGUGUGAGGAUUUGGAAAAUAUUGAAGGACUGCACCACUUGUAUGAAAUUAUCAAAGGCAUCUUCCUCUUGAAUCGAACUGCUCUUUUUGAAGUUAUGUUCUCUGAGGAAUGUAUAAUGGACGUCAUUGGAUGUUUAGAAUAUGAUCCUGCUUUAUCUCAACCACGAAAACACAGGGAAUUUCUAACAAAAACAGCCAAGUUUAAAGAAGUGAUUCCCAUAUCAGAUCCUGAGCUGAAACAAAAAAUUCAUCAAACAUACAGAGUUCAGUAUAUACAAGAUAUGGUUCUACCUACCCCUUCAGUCUUUGAAGAAAACAUGUUGUCAACACUUCACUCCUUUAUCUUUUUCAAUAAGGUAGAAAUUGUUGGUAUGUUACAGGGCAUGGAUGAUACACAGGUGCGAAGUGCUGCUACUGAUAUAUUCUCAUACUUGGUUGAAUAUAAUCCAUCCAUGGUGCGAGAGUUUGUCAUGCAGGAGGCACAACAGAAUGAUGAUGAUAUUUUGCUCAUCAACCUCAUUAUAGAACAUAUGAUUUGUGAUACAGAUCCUGAACUUGGAGGAGCAGUCCAACUUAUGGGACUGCUUCGAACUUUAGUUGACCCAGAGAACAUGUUAGCCACUGCCAAUAAAACAGAAAAGACUGAAUUUCUGGGUUUCUUCUACAAGCACUGUAUGCAUGUUCUCACUGCUCCCUUACUAGCAAAUACAACAGAAGACAAACCUAGCAAAGACAAUAUUUGUGGUUCUUCAAGAAAACAAUGCCUCUGUGUUUCAGGUGCCCUUCGUUUUAAGAGAAAGAUUAUUGGAUUAAAAGAUGAGUUUUAUAACCGCUACAUAAUGAAAAGUUUUUUGUUUGAACCAGUAGUGAAAGCAUUUCUCAACAAUGGAUCCCGCUACAAUCUGAUGAACUCUGCCAUAAUAGAGAUGUUUGAAUUUAUUAGAGUGGAAGAUAUAAAAUCAUUAACUGCUCAUGUAAUUGAAAAUUACUGGAAAGCACUGGAAGAUGUAGAUUAUGUACAGACAUUUAAAGGAUUAAAACUGAGAUUUGAACAACAAAGAGAAAGGCAAGAUAAUCCUAAACUUGACAGUAUGCGCUCCAUUCUGAGGAAUCAUAGAUACCGAAGAGAUGCCAGAACACUAGAAGAUGAAGAAGAGAUGUGGUUUAACACAGAUGAAGAUGACAUAGAAGACGGAGAAGCUGUAGUAUCUCCAUCUGACAAAACUAAAAACGAUGAUGAUAUUAUGGAUCCAAUAAGUAAAUUCAUGGAAAGGAAGAAAUUAAAAGAAAGUGAAGAAAAGGAGGUGCUUCUGAAAACAAAUCUUUCUGGACGGCAGAGCCCAAGUUUCAAGCUUUCCCUGUCCAGCGGAACAAAGACUAACCUCACCAGCCAGUCAUCUGCAGCAAACCUGCCUGGUUCUCCAGGCUCGCCCGGAUCCCCAGGAUCUCCAGGCUCUCCUGGAUCCGUCCCUAAAAAUACGUCUCAGACGGCAGCUAUUACUACAAAGGGAGGCCUCGUGGGUCUGGUAGAUUAUCCUGAUGAUGAUGAUGAUGAUGAUGAUGAGGAUGAAGACAAGGAAGAUGCGCUACCAUUGUCAAAGAAAGCAAAAUUUGAUUCAUAAUAGCAGCAACUGCCUACGAUCAGUACCUGUUGAAAAAAACUGCUUCUCUACCCCUCCCCCUUACAAAAUCCACAACAAAGUGCAGUGGUCUCUUGUGAAUGACUGACGCCGAUCAGCCUCACACACUUGGCUUCUGCUCAUCAAGUGCCAAUUGAACGGAGCAGGAGGAGGGGAUAUCAUACAUUUAGGGGGAAGACUUAAGCCUUUGAGCUCUCCAGCUUGGACCACACAUUGCCCUUUUCUCAGGGAAGGAAAUGGAAACAAAAAGCCAACAGGGCAGGGGUUUUGUAAGUGGAACUCUGGAUUGACUGGUCAGUUGCUACAAUCAGAAUACGCUUUCUUGGACCAUGUUUAAGACUCAGAAGAAUGGGCCUUUCUGCCAUAAUUCUUCACUAGUUAAGAAUGCCAGCAGUUUCUUUGUAUAAAGAGACCUGCCUUUAAAAUCGUACAUUCUGAACAUUUUAGUCAAACUACAAGUUUGGAAAACCUCUGUGGGGGAGGGGCGAAUAUAAAGUUUCCUCUUUUUUAUCUGUUCCCUUUGCCCUUCAAACUGCAGAUUUUUUUUUUUAAGUGGGGAUUUGUCCCUGCUUGAUUAAAGAUUGAGUGGAAUUCUAGAUGUGGUCAAUUGUGUCAUAAUUUUUUUUUUUGUUUCAUUUUGUUUUUGAUUUUUUUCUCCUCCCCUGAGUGUAUGCUUAGUUGUUGAAUAUAUAUAUUUGGGACCAUUAAAACUUUUUUUGAUGUAAUAUAACCUGACGUUGUGCUGGU